CUUGGAAGGAGUUUCUGACAUUUUUAGCCUACAGUGUCAACACUGAACAUUAGUUUUACUUGGUUUUUUUCCAUCAGUAACAUCGCCAUCGCAUAACACUCGUCAGCUGAAAAUUAUUAAAAAGUGGAUGCGUAGAAACGUUGUGUUUAUUUAUAAAUCGUUCAGAAGUAACGUAAACCAAAAUGGCAACAGGAGUAAAACCUCGUGAUGAAGAAAGUUCCUUCACGAGAUCGGAUCUAGAGGCAAUCCAAGAUGCAAUGAAAAGUAAGAAAUUUCGAGAAAUGCUUUCCGAGUACUGUGAAGAAGUACGUGACCCGGCAAAUCAGGCAAUCUAUCAGAAAGAAAUGACCCAACUGGAGAAGGAACGUGGCUACGACGUAACUUUCAUCAAUCCGAAGGGAAGUUAUGUUAUCAAAACAAGCGUCGCCGGCGACAGGAAAGCGUUUAUUAAUAUCUGCAGUAACGAAAAUGUCGAUAAGCCAUCAUACAAUAUCAAAGAGGCCAACGGAAAAAAAGGUAUGAACUGGCAAAUUCCUUACUCUAUCAUUCCACCAAGAGAAGAUUACGAUCAUAAAAGAGAGCGUUGUGUGAUAUAUGACGUAGUUUUCCAUCCCGACACAUUACGCAUGGCAGAGAUUAACAAACAGUUCCGCGAGAUUGUAAACAAGACUGCGGUAGAUGGAUUGCAGAAUGCAUAUAACAUACAUUUGGAUAGCAACAAUUUCCGCUUCCCAAAAUCACAUUAUAAAGGAAUGACGGUACCCGCGGUGAUACGGAAAGAAGACCCUAAUUUUAAACCACCUGAAGAAGAUGGUGAUGAUGAAAUUUCACCAGAGGUUUUAGAAAAAUUAUAUCCACAGCGAUUAUAUCCAGAAAAGUCAGGGAAGCAAGAACAAGUCCCUCAAAAUAAUACCACCCAAAAACAAGGAUCAAAGAAGCCUAACAAGGAGUUUGCUCACUCUUCUGACAAUGGUUUUACGAUACCAAAAUAUGUGAUAAAACAACAGAAAAAUGUUGAUUUACAGGACUUCACUUAUGACAGAGAUAGUAAACAGUACUCUGCUAUACCCAGUCACAUAGUGGUUGAAAUAAAUCUUCCAUUAUUGUCAUCUACUAAAGAUUGCAUAUUAGAUGUUCAAGAAAGAUUUCUAAGCCUGUUGUCAGAAAAACCAGCAAAAUAUAGACUGAAAAUACCCCUUCCUUACUCUGUAAAUGAUGAAUGUGGCAAUGCCAAGUUUGAUAAAAGUAAAAGAAUGUUGAUUGUUACUUUACCAGUGAUUAAAAAGAAUAUUAACAGUGACACUUCUAAUUAUCUCAGAGUAGACAGUGGUGUGGAAAGUGAAGAAAAUUCUGGAUCACAAAGUGAUGAAGAGAAUAACAACAAAAAACUAGUUGUAGAAGUUUCUUCAAAUGCCCAUGACACUACGCCACAGCCUACCGCAAUGACAAAUGAGGCUUUGCCAAGCUCAGACACUUUCUUACAAUCUGAGUUAGGAUACAUACUUCCACCUUAUACUUAUAAUGCUAUGGAUGAUAUUAUAGCAUUUACAUUCCAUGUGAAAAACACAGAGCCAGAAUCUGUCAAAGUUCAAAACAUUGACAAUAAAGUGUACAUUAAAUUUACAUCUAUUGGCUCAGGUUUUGUGCCAAUCCACUAUGCAGCUGUCAUCAUCUUUGAUAAAUCGAUCAAAUUCAGCAAUGUGAAUGGUGAAGCUUGGGAUAAUAAUGUCAUCUUACAACUGGAACUUGAAGGAGAUGCUCCACAAGAAUUCCAGAUAGGUAUUGACCAGCACUCAACAAUAACAGAGUACUUGGAUAUUUCACAGAUUAAAAAGACUUCAAAAACACAAGAAAAUAACCAGGAUACUGAAGAAUCAGAUACUGUGACACCAGUUGUAGAAGUAACUAAUUUAGGCUCAGAAACCAACAUAGUUGUUUCAUCCAAUCAUAUGGAUUAUGAAGAAGAUGAUUCAGAGGAAUCUAAGGAAAAAGAAAUAGUGUGGAUAGAAAGUAAUUGUGAGAAUGGAGCUAAGAGUAUAUUGCGGAAACCCAUAUCUAUGAUGCGGAGUUAUUCCGAGUCCAGUACGGGUGAGGUUGCCUCGUCCAUAGAUUACAUCAGCUCUGAUUGUAUUCCCGAGGAAUCUAGUUUAAAAAAGACUGUUAGGUUUAAUGAUGUUAUUGCAAGACAAUUUUAUAGGUAUAAUUCUUCCAUAGAAGGCCAGAAAAAGAAGAACCAGCGAAAGAAGAGUAAAAAGAGGUGUCAGGAGAGACGCAAGAGUGAAAGUGAGGCUGAAGAGGAAACGCGUAACACGUCCCAGCCAACUCCAACAAGACUGAAAUCAGUACUGAAACAACGACGGGACAGCGGUCUCGCCGAUACAUCCGACGCCGAAGCGGAAUGCAAAUCAGAAUCAUUUCACACUGCCAACGAAGAGUAUGAGCCAAAGUUAAACCGUAAUAAUGAUGGUGAAUCAAUGUUGGACAUCGUAAACAACGAAGGUAAAGUUAAACCUAAAUCAAAAGCCGACAUCUGGGAAUCUGAUGGCAAAUCUGAAAAGAAAACAAAUUCAAACCCCAUUACUUGUGAAAAUAUUAAACACCACACGAACAUGUAUGACCCUGAUAAGUUGAACAAAGGUCAGUACUUAGAAGUGAUGUUUAAAAAUGAUCUCAUUUUCGAUUUAGACAUGUGAGAUUUGCCAUACUGAAUUUUGUUUUGAAAGAUGUUUAGAAUGUAUUUAUAUUAUAAAUAGGUAUCUAUCACGUAUUAGCGUACUUUGUUUGUGUAGAAAUGUGUAUUAGAUUAUUUGUAUUGUUUUCAUUUUAUUUCUACAUAUUGAAUAGUUCCUUUGCUUGAUAAUAAGUUAUUAGAAAACGUGUUCCUUGUGUAAUUAAGUUGAUGGUAUGGCAUUUACAUUGGACAGUAUAAUAUUCAAACAUUUGAGUCAAUUACAAACAAAAAAAAACACUUUUAAAAUUUUUAUGUUGUAUUAUUGAGAUCGUUUUACAAUUACAAACUUUUUAAAUGUAAAAACGAACAUUUUAGAUUGGAAUUAUUGAUGUCUAGUAGAUUUUAAUCGUGAAUUUUAGGCUGUAAUCGAUAUUGUGCUCAUAUUAGACAAUAUAUCGUAGAUGAAAUACGAUCAAAAUGGUACAAAUUAGAUUAAUUGUCGUUCAUAAAUUAGUUGGUUUUGUAAGCCUAUGUCUGGGCUGUUUUAUGCACUGCACAGCUACACACUAGUAUCCUAGACACACGUUUUUACAUGCCUAUACACAAGUACGAUUGUAAUUUGUAGACGAUAUACAACAAUUUUACACAAGAGUUUGAAAAAAUAAUUUAACUUAUAAUUUACUUCGGCGAAACUAUAUGCUCGUUAAUAUUGGUCAUUUGCCAAACUGUUGUUGACAUUCCUUGAUAUUGGUCAUGAAUAAUGAGACAUUUGAGACCCAGAAGAGUGCAUUUUCGGAGGACAGGUGAGCGGGAUGAAGCAAAUAUUAUGUUAUUGAUAUCGAGUUGAAAUCUUAUUGAAAAUAUAGGUAUACGCAAAAGUCUGAAACACUCAUGAGAACAACGACAAUAUUAUAAAUUUACGCUAAAAUAGUAUUGUUUUAAUACCUUAGACCUAACAGACGGUAUAUUAUUGCGUUCUCGUUGAAACUCCCCGUGCCCCAUGGGAUAUACGGGCGAGAGCUCUAUGUGUAUUUAUUCCUUCCCGCUCUCGACUGGCUAACGAAAAUACACCAAAACCGUUUAGUGUGUUUAUAAAUUUUGGUUAUUGAGUUUGGAAAAACACCAGAAUGUAUUAACGACAUUAGUUAAAGCUUUUACAACAUUACUGUUAUUUAUUGUUUAUCCAGGCGUUGUCAUAAACCAUGUUUGUUUUAUUUGUACGUAGACACUGCAUGAAUGGGAGUGCACGUUUUGUUGGGUGUCAUUUUGAACAUUGUCUACUAAACAGAAAUUGUGAUUUGAUGAUCUUAGUUUAAUAUACGUUUUAACUGA